GGGCUAAAUCCAGACCAUGUACCACUCAAUGGAUCGGGCCUAACGUGUGGACGCCAGAUCGUCCCAUUUCUUUUUGGUCCAGCCCUCCCCCUUUCCCUUGGGUCUCACCCACACUCUGCCUAUCAACAAGAACUUUUCAAGGGAGCAUGCAUGCAGCCCAUAACCGGCUGGACGGUGAACCACGACGCCUGCCAAGGACACCUUGCGUUGUAAUAGAAUAGAUGCAAACAGGCGAAUUGUUUUCUUUUAUACAAAAAUUAUCUUGGGGGCCACACACGGAAAUGACAGCCCAGCAAGUAUUCGCUCCUUAGCCAGGACAACUAUUUUCUACAUCAUAAAAACACUGCCAGCAGACAGGUAGUCGAUGAAGGAUUCGUAAGAAUAUCAAAACGAGCGGCAGAUAUGGAGGGGCAACAACGCAGGGGUCCGUCCUCCAGACGGUACAUGAGACGGAAGAGGCGGGACAUGAUGCAUGUGCAGGUGUGUCUGGUGCUCGGAGUCCUUGGGAUCACCUGGGGAGUGUCUGCCCUGACUGACGUGUCUAGGUUACAUCUUGAGUCAUUCCCUGGAGCGUCUCUUGACCAAUCUCAACGCAGGAAGCUUUUGGCUGUCGCCAAUGGCACCCUUGAGAUCAACUGCACUGAGCCAGCCAUUCACCAGUUCCCCACAGACGUCUUCUCCAACAGCCAGAGGAGGCAAGGAGCUGUGGUGCUGCACAUAGUGGCAGCUAUGUACAUGUUCUUCGCGCUGGCAAUCGUGUGUGACGAUUACUUUGUUGUUAGCCUGGAGAAGAUCUGUGAGAAACUGAGCCUUACCGAGGAUGUAGCAGGAGCCACUUUCAUGGCCACAGGAAGCUCUGCGCCGGAGCUUUUUGCUUCUAUAAUAGGUGUUUUCAUAACGCACGGUGAUGUCGGGGUCGGUACUAUCGUCGGCUCGGCUGUUUUCAACAUCCUUUGCAUCGUUGGAGUCUGCAGUCUAUUUGCUGGUCAGGUGGUCCACCUGACUAAGUAUGCCGUUUUUCGUGACUCAUUUUGCUACACAUUGUCUGUUCUGGCCCUCAUGGCAUUUAUCUAUGAUGGACGGAUAAUGUGGUGGGAGAGUUUGGUCCUCGUCUUCAUGUAUGUCGGAUACAUCCUCGUCAUGAAGUUCAACAGCAGUAUUCAACGCUUUUUUACCAGGGGUGGUUCGGUAAAAGCCAUAACCAAUGGCAACGCAGCCUUCAACCCGGAUGACUAUAGUUUCCAUGGCGACGGCAAUGAUCCCACCAAGCGCCUAUUACCAGAGGGACCUGCAAAUAAGAUGAUAUCGGGAGAGGAGGGAAACCAUGAACAAGCACUUAACUCACCCUUCAGAGUCCCUGGAAGCCCAAUGGAGAUAUUCAAGUGGCUAGUCUCCUGGCCAAUCCUCUUCCUACUCUUCCUCACUCUCCCUGAUGUCAAUCAACCACGCUGGGAGAAAUAUUACCUGGUUUCCUUUUUUGGCUCUACUGUGUGGAUAGCGGUCUUCUCUUAUGUCAUGGUGUGGAUGGUGACGGUGGUCGGCUUCACCCUGGGCAUCCCAGACGUCAUCAUGGGCAUCACAUUCCUGGCUGCCGGCACCAGUGUCCCGGACUGCAUGGCUAGCCUCCUGGUGGCACGACAAGGCCAGGGUGACAUGGCCGUGUCCAACUCUUUGGGCAGUAACGUCUUCGAUAUCUUGAUUGGCCUAGGAGUUCCCUGGAGCAUCCAGACCCUUGCUGUCAGCAUGGGAUCCCAGGUUCUGAUCAACAGCAGAGGGCUCUUCUACUCUGUGGUGCUACUGCUGGGCUCUGUGACCCUAGCUGUCCUUGGUAUCCAUGUAAACGGAUGGCGCCUUGAUACUCGUCUAGGGGUGUAUGUGCUGCUACUCUAUGUCAUCUUUCUAACCAUCUCCAUUUUAAUAGAAUACAAUGUUUUUACAUUCAUAAACCUGCCCAUGUGUUUAGAAGGAUAAGUGUAUAGGUGUGUGUGUGUGUGUGUGUGUGUGUGUGUGUGUGUGUGUGUGUGUGUGUGUGUGUGUGUGUGUGUGUGUGUGUGUGUGUGUGUGUGUGUGUGUGUGUGUGUGUGUGUGUGUGUGUGGUCCCAGUCAGUCCCUGAUAAAGCUUAUUGUAUCACGCACAUCUGAUGGCCAAAUGUUCUUAUCCAGCUGUUAGGCUACACGUGGAGUAGCUCCAGCCUGCCAAUAUAUAACUCACACUCUGUGUUUGUGUGUUUGUGUUUGUGCGUGCAUGCAUGCUUAUGUGAAUAUUUGUGAAUUUGGCUGAAGAAUUUGACAAUUACUAUGGUGAAUGUUGGUCUGUAUCUUAGCAUUGUAGGGCUAGAUUCGAUAUUUUGUAAUACCAUGACAAUCAAAGGACAUUAUACACAAGAUGUGUAUGAUAGCAUCUGCCAACUGGCUGAAAUUAUUAUAUUAGACUAAAUUUGUAUUCAAAGAAAUUUGAGGUAAUACGAUUACAUGUAUAAAAUAUCCUUCCAGUAUACAUGCUUGAACGUUUAUUUCCGAGUUAAUUUCUGAUCUGUGACGGAUGAAUAAAUAUCAGGUACCCUGGUUUGAA